AUGGACAUGUACCAACGCGAUGCAACGGCUGAUGCCGGAGACGCGGGUGGCUUCAAGCUGUAUCACUACGACCCUUCAAUGGCUGGCGGCGUCAUCUUUACUCUCCUUUUCAUCGGCACCACAAUCUUUCACACCUGGCAACUUUACCGCGGACGGUCCUGGUUUACGAUACCUUUAGCGAUUGGUGGUUUACUUGAGGUUAUUGGAUACGCUGCUCGAUGCAAAUCUGCCAACGAAACCCCGAAUUGGGAAUUGGGCCCUUACAUUAUCCAAAGUAUCUUUCUACUCGUCGCUCCUGCACUUUUCGCCGCUACUAUCUACAUGGAGCUUGGUAGAAUUGUCGAGAUGAUUGAUGGAGAAGGGCGAGUGAUGAUCAGCAAGAAAUGGAUGACCAAGAUCUUUGUGACUGGAGACAUGCUUUCGUUUUUUCUGCAGGGUGGAGGUGGCGGCUAUCAAUCUUCUGGUACACUCGAGGCUUUGGACGCUGGCGCUAAGAUCAUCAUCGCCGGUUUAUUCGUCCAACUGAUCUUCUUCGGAGUCUUCAUCAUCAUCGCCAUCUCAUUCCAUCGAGCUAUACUCCAGAAUCCGACAGGUCGAUCAACCACCGGAAUUCCCUGGAAGAAGCACAUGAUGGUUCUUUACAUUUGCAGUUUCCUUAUCAUGGUGCGAUCUCUUUUCAGGGCGAUUGAGUAUUUACAGGGCAACAGUGGUUUCUUGCUCCAGCACGAGAUUUAUCUCUACAUCUUUGACGCGCUGUUGAUGUUCCUUGUCAUGGUAAUCUUCAACUGGUUCCACCCUUCUGAGAUAACUGCUAUUUUGGACGAGAGGAGUGCUGGUAAAGGGUAUAGCAUGGGAGCAUUUACCUCGUGCGCUUAA